GUUGUUUUUACGCAGCCAAUUUGGAAUAGAAACUAUCCCCCACGACCGAAGGGAAGAACCAGAACCAGAACCAGAACCAGAACCAGAAUCAAAUCCUUUCUCUCCCUACUGUAUACAUAAAUCUACAACACCUUUUAUUUCUCUCUCUCGGUUUUCAGAUUGCCAGACCUCACGGUUCGAUCUUGUAAGUUUCAAUUGUUUUGUACGAGAUAAUUUAUGUUCAGUCUACCUCCUUCGUGUUCUUUUUGUGGAGAUCAUUGAUGUGAAAGACAGUUACACAUAGGUUAUCAAUUAUUUGUUCUGUGUGUGAGAAGGCAUGGGGUCUGCAUGUUGUGUCGCAGCUAGAGAACCUAAAACAAAAGGAUCACCCAGUGAAACUUUGGAGAGGCACUCCCGCCAUUCACCAUCUUGGAGCUUUCGACGGGAUAAUCGUGGGAGAGUAGCUGGAGAGGAGCAAUCUGAGGAUUGGUUACAUGAUGGAGGGGCCAGCAGUCAUCGAUUGGAUGCCAAAUCUGGUACCACAGUAGAAAUUGCUUCUGCUUCUGAAGGAGGCAGCCCAUUAAAUAGUUUCCAGUCACUUGUGCGGCAAAAGUCCCCAGUUUCUGAAAAAAAUACUGGGAUUUUCAUUCAUCCUCCUUCUGAUCCUUCUACUUCCCAGACUUUAGCAGAGGUGAAGGACUCAACUGUAUCCCCUGCAGUUUCAUACCCGUCUCCUGCGAAGCUGUCUCCUUCAGCACCUUCUGUUUUGUCUCCAUCAACAUCUCCUUUGUCAUCUAAAAUUUACCAUCUUCCCCCAAACUCGACUCCUUCAAGGUGGCAUCGUCGUUCUCCAGGACAACGGCUAUUAAGGCAUGUAUCUGAUAGCCGGAUUCCUGAAUACAAGUCCUCCACAUUCUCGAUUUCUGAAGAAGCAUCUUCUUUAUUGCUCCCUGCUUGGGGCUCCAAUGAUGGGUUUUCAGACACUUGGUCAUCACCUGCCUUUUCUGAGCUCAUGAGAACUAGAAGAGAGAGGUGGUCUUUUGAUAGCCAACAAAUAUUGGGGUCUCCUUCCUUGGAUCUCCAAACAUGUGGUGUUUGUUCAAAGCUUUUAACCGAGAGAUCUUCAUGGGGUGGCCAAAAAUCAAUUGUAACCACUGAAAUUGAUGUGGUUGCUGUUUUAAUUUGUGGACAUGUUUUCCAUGCUGAGUGCUUAGAGUGCAUGACAUCUGAGAUCAACAAAUACGACCCAAUUUGUCCAGUCUGUACUUUUGGGGAGAAGAUAUCUAAAAAGGCACUGAAAGCUGAAAUGGAUUUGAAGGCUAGAAAGCGAUCCAGGAAUCGUGUGGUUGAUAGCAAUCUCAUUGACUUUGAUCAUGAUAAAAGCAGUGGUCAUGAGGGAACAAAUCACAGAGGUAGCUCGAGUUCUAGCAUGAAGGGCUCUUUAGGAUACCAUUUCUUGAGACGACACUUGUCAUUCGGGUCAAAGGGGAUCAGAUCAUUUUCUGAGAAUAACUCCACUAGGAAAAAGGGUUUUUUCUGGACGAAAUCUAGCAAGGAGUGAGCUUUGCUAUGACUCCAAAGAAAUUCCACAGUCGGAUCGAUCUGCGGUUGGCUGGUGAACAUUGGCAGUCAUAUGUAUGUGUAGCUAACUACUGAAGUUAUAAAUACACUGUAAAUGGGAACAUAGUACAAAUUGAAAGGUCAAUUUCUUAUAUAAGAGAAGGAGAAAUGUAGCAAUAUGAAAUAAGAGCCUGGUAAUUAUUACUAUUAUUAUUUUUCCUUCAAAA